UUAUACUGUGUAUACGGCUCUGUCAGCAGGAGGUCGGCAGCGCCCCCUGCUGACGCUGCAGGCUCUGUACAUGCCUCACAAGGAAAAAAAGGAGACGUGUCCCACUCUCAGAUUAGCUUGAACGGACAGAUGGAGGCAGACAGCACCGGUGGAAACAUGGGUGGGAAAGCAGACGUGGAAAUGGCAGAAAACCCAUUUGAACCUUACAUUGAAUCUCUGCGACAACAGCUGGAAGACCAAGACCCCGUUUUUCUGAUCGGAGUUAUCGUCGCUCUGGCGGUCAUUGUCAUCACCUGUGUGUUUCUGAAGUACUUUCUCUCCAGUAAAACCGUCCGAAGUGCUGUGCUGCUGGUCGGACUGUGUGACUCCGGGAAAACUCUCCUUUUCGCCCGGCUGCUGUCAGGAAAGUUCAAGCGCACCCAGACCUCCAUCACUGACAGCAGUGCUCCAUACAAAGCCAAAAACGAAAAGGGCAGCACCUGGACUGUGAUUGACCUGCCAGGACAUGACAGUCUUCGCCCUCAGUACCUGGAGAAGUUCAAAUCUGCAGCCCGAGCGAUUGUGUUUGUAAUAGACAGCGCUAUUUUCCAGAAGGAGGUGAGAGACGUGGCAGAGUUUCUGUACAUCUUGUUGACGGACACUGUGAUCUCCAGGAAUGCCCCAGCUCUCCUGGUGGCAUGCAAUAAACAAGAUAUCACCAUGGCAAAAUCAGCUAAACUGAUUCAGCAGCAGCUGGAAAAGGAAUUGAACACCCUGCGAGUGACCCGCUCUGCAGCCCUGAGCUCUCAGGACGGCUUUGUGGGCGGCAGUGUUUAUCUGGGGAAAAAAGGCAAGGACUUUGAGUUCAGCCAGCUGCCCCUUAAGGUGGAGUUUGUGGAGUGCAGCGCCCGCGGCAGCAAGGGUGAAGAGGGGGAUGCAGACAUCGAGAGCCUGGAGAAGAGCCUGGCUAAACUGUGAAGUCAGCAACUCAACAUCCUCAGUGCAGAAUUUGACUGAAAGGCACAGACCUCUGAUCAACGUCAACGGUCACCUCCGUAAUCAAAGGAGGGAUGACAAAUGCAUCUCACUGGAGGAUUUAUUUGACAGGAGUAACCAGUCAAACAUCUUAUCUGUGCUGGCUGUCAAUGUAAAACGUUAUUACAUUAAAGGUGGAAGAACUUUUGAGGCAUAUUCUAUCAAAAAAAAAAAAACACCAAAAAGACUGAAAAGUAAUGUAACGGAAAAAUUAUGUAGCUCUUUGUCUGGUCGCUCUGCAGUGCUGAGAAAUGAUCAUGUGCUUAUAAAGUGCAAAUCUUACUGUGAACAUCAUCCUUUAAGUGCUUUAUUUGGCUUGUUCAGAAAAUACAUAGUUUAAAGAAUUUCGGUCAAGUACAAUAUUUGCUGUUGCUGCAAUUAUUUAAAGAAAAAUGGUUAUAGGCUGCCACAGAUUGUCACCAUUUUUGUUUUAAACUUGUCUCAUCGGAUUUAUAAGCUGCCUUGUGAAUACAGAUGGGCGUGAAUUGGAUUUAUUCAUUAAUUUGAACAGUCAGCCUUUUUUGCUGGUGUCAUGGAAAAGUGUUUAUUCUUGUUUGCAAAAGAAUGACAGUUUACUUGUUUGAAAGUGUUGCGUGAAUACAGUGCAUUUGCAAUGAAUUAUUUUGUGGUUGUCUGGCUUUAUAUAAAGUUUUGGAUAUUGAUGCAAAUGAAGUUCAGUUUAAAAAGGAACAGCACAAUUUUUAAAUGUUAGCAGAAGCUACAGUCUGUCUGGUGUUUAAAGGAUUCAGUCUAUAAUGAUAAGCAGAUAACAUGAUAUAACACAGACAAAAAUAUCUCACAAGGUACUGCUUUAAAUUAUUUUUUUUCCUUUGUGUUUGAAAUGUCACAACCUGGGAACAGCUUUCAGUUCGCUCUGCUUUGUCUUUCUAGUCUGGCACCUGGUUUGGAUUGAGAUGUUUUUACUCUACAAAAGCGCCACAGACUUAAUUAAACAUGCUGAAUUUAU